AUGGCUCGAAACAAACAAUCAGCGCGCAAAAAUGCCUCUCCCUGCACACCAUCCUCUUCAUCUUCUUCAUACAAAUCUGUAGAGCGUUCACCCUCUCCACCACCUCGACCAACACCACCACACACCUCCUCUGCCUCUCCUCCUUCUAACACCAGUCAAGAAAUCAUCAAACUCAUUCCUCUGUCUACUUUUCUUCCACCAUUGUAUACUCGCCCCACACCAAACAUUGCUCAAGUGCCUCCACAUUUACGCACUCAAACUACUCCUCUACGACGCUCCAUGCGAGUUCAAUCUGGAAUUGGAACUUCAAAAUCAUUGAACCCUAAACCCCAUUACUUCAUCAUCUCAGAUUCUGAAAGUGAUGAUUCCUCUAAUUCAUACCCCUCAUUAGCAAAACCACCAACACAACCAGAGCCAUCAACAAACACACCAAUAAAAAAUACACCAUUAGCAACAACACCACCACCACAACAUCCAUCAUCAACUUAA